UUGAGCUGUUUGUCUUCUAGAAGCAUGAAGCAGCAGGUCGGCAGUGACGGGGACGAACAAUCUGCAGCAGGAAGAAAUCUUCAUCACCCGUUGUCUCCAUCAUGAAGAUCCUGGUUGCGUCUUUAGUUCUUUGUCUUGUGAUUGCCCAGACUGAUGCCACGAGACGAUAUUGUGGUCGACGGGGGAGUUGGAGGUGUGCUCCAUGGUGGAGUUGGAGGUGUCCUCCUGGCUGGUCUGCAUAUAAGGGUCGCUGUCUCCGCUACAUUCCCAAACCCAUGACCUGGGCACAAGCGGAGUUGAACUGCAGAUCCAUGAAGGGGACCCUAGCAUCAGUUCACAACAUCCAUGAGUACCACAAGGUUCAGCAGAUCAUAACGGCAGCUAGUCAUGGAUAUUCAACAACAUGGAUCGGAGGCUCUGAUGCGCAACAGGAGAAGCUUUGGUUGUGGUCUGACGGAAGUUCUUUCGACUACUCCUACUGGUGUCGUGGAGAACCCAAUAAUUUCCAUGGCAAACAGCACUGUUUGCAAAUUAAUUAUUCAGUGAAAAAGUGCUGGGACGAUGUUCAUUGCGGGGUUAAACUUCCGUCCGUCUGCGCAAGGAAAUUCUCCCUGUUCUGAUCCGGGAAACACGACAGCCGUCUAAGACCACAAACACUGUUGGAGUUUGUGAAUCCCUGGAUCAGCAGCCAAACCCCCACUCAUCCUUAUUCUUACCUACGCUUUUUUUCUUCUCUAUAACUGCAAUGUUACUUAAAGAAUGAGGCAGAAAGCGAUACAAACUGGAGGUGGAUUGUCCUGUUGCUCUUGUGGCUUUAAAAUGGGCAUAAUGAAUAUGUUUUGGAGAGCUUUUAGCACAAUUUUUAUCUGCAGCAUGAAUUGUUCCUCUUUUCUUCUGUGAAAUUAAAA